AGUGGACCCGUCUGAAUUUUCAAACUCGCAAGAGAAUACUUAAGUUGCGCAAAAAACCACGUCGGAUUUGCAAAGUGUCGACUCAUAUAAGAGCGAGUUGCAUUAAUUGAAACACUCAGAUCGGUAGAAAGACUUAGCGGACGACAUCAAACUCAAAGCAAAAUCAAAAACGAACGAAAAACAGCUUGCACGACCACAUAGUAGCUUGAAAGCCACGUAGCUGCAAGAAGAUGGCCAAUCUCUAGGGGCAAACUCUUGAAACAAAAAAAUAUGAAGAUGAAAACAAUGCUGAGCUUGAAAUUGUCCGCACAUUCAGCCGCUACUAAAAAGAAGUACCACAAACAGACUACUUACUCGCGCUCUCGAUUCCCAUGUCUCUUUUCUUCUCGCUAAAAGUAAGUACUUUCUUUAUUUUCUUCAGUCCCCUUGACACAGAGACUGUAUCUGCCCCUAAUCAAAAACAAAAUCUAUCUUCAUCUUCAAGUUCAUCAACCAGCGCGAAAAGAAGGAAUGUCCGCGUUGCAGCAGUUUCCUUCGGUGAUGUCCACACCGUCGUCGGCGUCGUCUUCAAGCACGCGGCGAGGACGCUUCGCGGCAGGUGACAAAACGAAAGUCGCUGGUAGUGACGAAGCGCACAGCAAAGCGCUUGAUCUGGUUGCACAUGUCGCUUUGUUUGAUGAGAAAGUGAUCGAGCUAAGAUCCACAAACCAGCUGUUGCGGACAAAACUCGAACAAAAUAAGCUGGAGACAGCAGAGGUAAUGACUGCACUGUCUUUGUAGAAACAAGUCGUGAAUUUUCGGUUUCAAAACUAGGACCGUCGUGAAACUUUCACUUAAAAAGUGCAACUGCUAUGUCUCGUCCCAUGAUAUCCAACUAUCUUCUAUCAUGAGGUACCGCACCAGCACAACGCUUCCAUGCUUCUCUACACACUGUUUACCAAUCUUCGAAACUACAGGUAAUGCGAGAACUAGAGUUUACACGGUUCCAGAUGUUUUAUCGUUGGCGAGACGUAGUGGCGCGUGAAUACCGCAAUAAAAAGUUGAAGAAGAAAAAGGAUUUUUUUGCGCAAGAAGUGGACUCCACACGAGAAAAAGUCGCAAAGAUAAAAAUAGCUCUGGCAAGCUGCCAAGAGCGUAGCGAUGAACUGGAAAAAGAACGGGACAGACUAGGGCAUGAAAGUACUCUACCACAUCUUCUCCACUAGCGGUUUUCCCCUUGCUCAUGCUCAUCUAGCAUGAUCCAUGAUUUUUUCUCUUUUAUUAUGGAAGAAAGGCGCGAACUCAGUCUCAAAAGUUUAAUACUUCGCAGCACGGUGAACGAGUCGGCGGCUCUUAGAGCUUAAGCCAGCUACGUACUGAAGUAGGUAGCUAGCUUAAUACGUAGCGCGAAGAGGUUAGCUAGGCAGGCUUUGCCAAAAGCCACAAAGGUGGCAGAGUUUUGAAAUCGUGUCUGCGGAUCCAACUCCCAGCCUUCGACGUACAGGUCUCCAAGCCACCUCAUCCGAACGAUCGCCGUUUUGAGAGAAUUGCCAGAGUUGAGGCGGCUCAGGAAGUUUGCCAGUUGUCUGGGCGUCUGGGUGUGUCUGCGAAUGUGUCAACGACGACAGCCUUCCAGCGUCAUGUAGUGGCAGGCGCUCCCCACUAGGUUCUGUCAAAAAGUGCGCACUUUUCUAGCAUCGUCGAGCAUAUAAUUAGAUAGUGGGAUAGGAUUGAGAUUGUCACUUUUUUUUGGCGGAACCUGGUGUGUCAAAAAAACGAUCUCAAACUCAAUCCACUUUUUUUGUCAUCAAUGACGUCAUCCGCGACCCCCAUCAGCUACCAAAGAGGAGCCAGACUCUGAAAGUGUGAGGCAUAGUAGAUGUAGAAAAAAGCAGGAAGAACAAAGCAACCACUUUCAUCCAAUGCUUCAGGCCCUGGCAGUUGGAUCCGCGGACGCGACUCCUACCUUCUGGCACCUUUCUAGUCAUUGAAAAAGUAGCCCUUCAAACCUAUUCAUUGUAAGUUACUACGUAUUUAACUAGCUACUUCAAGAGAUAGCUAACUAACUUAAGGACCAGGAGCCCCCGACUCGCCCACCGUGCUGCGAAUUUUUAUACUUUUGCGACUGAGUUCGUUCUUUUCUUCCAUAUUUAUAAGUUGUGACUCAUUCUUAUUUUUUGCAUCUGCUACUACUACUUCGUCUUCUGGUAAUAUCUGUAGUUCACGACCUCCAACGAAAAUGAGAAUCCAUCUGCGUCUACUAUUUUUCUUGUACCAGCUUCCGAACUGAAGACGCAACUCGCGGAGCUUGAAAGGGAAGAGCGUAGGGUAGGAGACCUCGCGCAGUCACAAGAACACUGGAUCAUGGGAAUGCGACUUAAUGCUCGAGAACGCUCUGCUGCUAUGCAGGCGGGAAGGACACAGUAAGUUGUAUUUCUGUUAGCGAACUUCGUGGUUUUUCUAGCUUCCCCUGUGCCUGUUUCUUGUUUGCGAAUAAUUUCCCGAUAAGUUUUCAUGCAUCUUGAUUGAAAGAAACAAAAUACAACCCUCUACUGCAUUCCUUUCACCCAUUUAGGCCUGGCGUGGUCUCGUUGCAGCAUGCGGCGCAGGUCAAGGCGGGUCUCACCAAGGUGAUUUCCCGACUCGACGAUAUGAACCGACAGCUUCACGCAGGGCAACCUGGCGAACAAGUAGAGCUCGAGGAUGCAGACACCUCUUACGCAAUUUCACCGUCCACGCCCCCAGAUCCCGGUCAUGGAGGCCCUUCCUCACUUCUGCUACAACGAACUUCUGGCGCUGGGGGAUCUACUACAUCAGCAAAUACCACCUUGCAAGAGCCCGGAAACACAACAAGAGCUGCUAGGUUAGUGGACACGUAUUUGUCGAAGAAGGGUGGAUCGUAUUUUUCGACUCCGGUGCUCGCUGGGCGCGGAGCCGGAGGUGGGCCGCCUGUGAAACUCGGAACGCAGACUCGGACACCUACUCAGAAUCGAUUUAGUACGCAAAUACCCUCUGGAGGGCAGUUGCGCACAACAGCAUCAAGCACUGGGUGGACAUGGAAUUCGGGAAUGAAGUGACUAAUUAUAUGCACCUGCUUCAUGUACUUAGGGUAGCGAUAGAGAGCGACCAUGCGGCCAACUCAUGUGCAGGACAUUACGUAGCCGGGCUCCAACACGCCGUUCGGGUGUCGACAGAUAUGAAAACGGCAUACCAAAUUCAGGUGGAGCAGCUUUCUCUUCACAAGGACAGCACAUUAACGAUUUCUCAAUGUCAAUGCUUUCCACGGUUCUACAAAACGAGCACGCAACACGACGCUUGUAUUCUAUUGGGUAAUCUUGAUCUGGUUGAACAAUGAUUCAUCUCGUAUCCCCUUUCAUUUCGAGUCCCGCUAGGACUGUUUCCACGAAAAACCGAUUCCAACCAUCUUUGUGCCCCCACACCUAACGACAUAAAAUCACAAAGACAGUAAUAUUUUUCAUUUUGAUUUUUCGCAGGACGAAUGUGUUGCGUUGACCACAAUCAG